AUGUCUUCACCAGCAGGCUUCUCAUCAGCCACAUUCCCUACAAGUCUAUACAUUGCAACUAUCGCCCUCUACUCCAUUCUUAUUGUGCCGACCUUUUACGUCUGGCGCCGCCAUGGCAGACCCGGCUUCCUAGCUUAUAACUUCGUUUAUGCCUUCUGCGCGAUCCGCAUCGCUGGCGGCGCGCUAUCCGUUGUCGCUGUCCACAAUGCCAACCUCGAGACCAGCGCGACCAUCGUCAACAGCUUGGCUAUCUCACCACUCAUUCUGGCUGGACUUGGAUCCUUGCAUGAGGCCCGCGUUUCUCGUGUUGUCAACCUGCGUCCACGACGGGAAUGGGUGCUUGUUGGCGUCCUUCACAGCAUCGUCACAACUGCUAUUGUGCUGGUGGUUAUUGGUGUAGUCAAUGUUGUGAAGGGCUUGUCCACCACUUACGACUCGGCACUCAUCAGGACUGGUUUGGCUAUGCUAGUGAUAUCAUAUGCGGUUCUUCUUGUCUGGACCACUAUGUCUCUACGCAUUCCUGACAGGCCAAAGAACGAUACGUUCAUUGAUGGCACGGUGGUAGGUCUUAUACCUCUCGUCGAUCUCGAUCUGCAAGUUACUGAUUCUGCAAGCNUGCUGCAUACUGCCUUUUCCGCUUUGCCUUUUAUCGGUAUGCGACUUGUCUAUGGAGUCAUCUCGUUUCUACUGGUUGAUCCUGCUUUUGCACGCUCGUUGGCAGCGAAAGUAAUUCUGGGUUUCCUUCCAGAGCUGUUUGCCAUCGCUCUGUUUGUGUAUGGAGGAUACAGAACGCGCGACAUGUAUGCUUCGCGUCACCAGAAAUGA